AAACCUUGGAAGAUCUUCGUGGAAUUGGAUUUUCAUGGCAAAAGAUUGCCCAGUUGUUUGGGGUUUCUCGAUGGACUGUCUAUCGCCGAGUCCAGGCAUAUAGCUUGCAAAACAUGCAACAGUUCAGUUUGUUAUCAGAUGCAGAAAUAGAUGACAUAGUUGCAGAAUAUUUAGGUCGUCAUGGUUUCACAACAGGACGAACGUAUUUAGCAGGUUACUUGAGGUCACUAGGAUUACGAGUACAGAGAAGAAGGGUUCGUGAAAGUCUGACUAGGGUGGACCCUCAAAAUACUGCUUUGCGAUGGGGAAUUGUUAUGGCUCGUAGAAAUUACUCGGUACCGUGGCCCAAUUCAUUGUGGCAUUUGGAUGGUCACCACUCUCUUAUUCGUUGGGACCUUGUGGUACACGGGUGCAUUGAUGGUUUAUCAAGACGAAUCAUGUUCCUGAAAUGCAGCAACAACAACCUCUCGCAAACUGUUUUGGAACUGUUCAUGAAUGCAAUUGAGAAAGAUGGCCUAUGGCCAUCACGUAUUCGCGUUGACCACGGGGUGGAAAACGUAUUGGUAUGUGAUGCCAUG